AUGUCCCUACAAACACCCACGAUGCAAGUGUACCCGUUCCACAACGAAGAUAGUGAUAUUGAAGAUGCGGGUAUCAUUGACUUGCACAGAUCAGAUUCGUCGGUCUACUCAGAACAGCCAGAACCUUGGGUUUGCAAAAACUGCUCUUAUGUGAACGUUGAUGGAAGAAAUAUAUUUUGUGCCAUGUGCGGAGCAAAGAACGAAAACAAGUUCCGAGACGAAGCGAAUGCUGCAGAUUCGAUGGAUUCAGUCUCAGAAUAUGGCCUCGUCAACAGUGAUGUGCGUUUGUUAGGCAACAAUUCUGGCGAAGAAGGCUUCAGAAGUUUUCAGAGAGCACUCAGUGUACCUGCAUUGAAUUUAUCCGGCCAAAGGCCUGGGAUGGAGGAUGACGAUUCAGAUGGUGAAGCUCAGCCUUUGAAACCAUCCACUGGCCAGUCUGCUUAUUUGUAUCGUCAAGGUGCUGCUAGUAAUGGUUUGGAAUUUAUACCAAAUACACCUCAGUCCGACGACUCAUCUGUAAUGAAUGGCAGUGUUUGCUCGAGUGUCGCAACACAGGCAUCCAUGUCGUCUACAAUGGCAAAUAGUGUUGCGUCAAGUACUGCAAUGACGGGCAGUGUCGCUUCCAGCACCGCAACGCCUCGCAUGUCAAACAAAAAGCACUUGGCAUCAGCGAUGCUGUCCAGUGACAGGCAAAUGCAAUCGGACAUCAGCGUUGCAUCGAGCGCUGUAACAGAAAAGGCCUCAAACAGAUUACCAAUGUCAGUACCAUUGGAUACCACGGACGAAGAAAUCAAUGCUCCAUGGGAUGUAUACGGUGACAGGGCGCAUGACGGAAACAUCCAAACUUUGAAAUCAAUGCCGACCAAUCCAGACAUUACUCAACCACGGAUGAUCAAAUCAGGCAUCUAUUCUAUCGAUGAGGAACAAAAUGCAAUUGUCCCCCCUUUCAUGCGUGCAUUAUCUAUGCCGAUGAGACCUCAGGAAUCGGACGCACUUUCCACCAUCUCAGAACCUCAAAAACCAAUUCGUACCAAGGAUUGGGAUCCCUUGCCCGCUGAAUCAGUGGACCUCGAAUCAAAUCCAAUUUCAGUCAGACACCGAAAAGAGUCAGAGUCAUCACACUAUACCGAGAGUACAGCUGGUAGAACAUCGACUAUGUCCUCGUACAAUGAUGAGCCUUCUCCAAAAUCGGAUGAUCCGCAAACGAUAAUGAUGCCAAGAGCCACUGUUGUUCCGCUUCGCCAAAAUCGUAGUCCAGAGGGAGGAAACGAUGAAGAUAGACGGGAUGAAGUGAAUGAAAAGGAGAGGCGUGUUGCGAUGUACCUGUUCGGUGCUGGCUCUCUAGUCGUACUCAUUUCUUUUGUUCUGAUGGUGACACUCAUCCCAUCGAACACACAAAACGCAGAUUUUAACCUUCCCUCUUUCGCUUUCACCACUCCACCAAGUGGUCCUGACAUGGUUGUUGGUAAUUCAAGCGCGAAUUUUGUCCAAACGCAAAUACCGUCGCCUGCACCAACACAAUCACCGGUGCUAACAGCACCCCCAACAACUACGGUUCCCACCGAAGAUAACGGUGCCUUUCUUCUUGGCGAAUUGGAGGGUGUCGAAGAUAGCAGAAGGAUAGGACACAGUGUAUCUCUUGGUGGGAUCGACGGAGAUGUCGUUGCAUUCGUUGGCGCAGGCACUGUUGGAAUUUCGAAAUUUGAUACUCGGCAUGGAAACUGGUCCUCGAUUGAAACCAUCGACAGCCUAGAAAGCAUCAUCCCAGAAACCGCAAAGGUUUCAUUGUCAACCGAAAUGGAUAGAUUGGCGCUGGCAUACAAUGGCAAGCUCGAGGUUCACGAAUACUCGGCUUCCAAUGUGGAGUGGAUCCGUAGGCUUGUCUUGUACGAUGGUCUGGCUGAAUUCACAAUAACUCACACGGUUCUUUCCAUGGCGGGUGAUGGAAUGUUCGUCGCGUUUUUGCAACCUGACUUGGGUCUUCAAAUGAUUGAUGUGAGAACUUGGACAAGCUAUCCUGUUUCCACAACACCCAAUCUAGCUAUUUUGCAAGUCGAGGUGUCUCUGAAUGGCAAAAUAAUGGCAGUUUUGACAGAAAAUGGAGUAGAAUUAAAGGUACCAGACCCAUCAGGAGUUUGGGGAGAUUUGGUAGAACCAGUCACAGACGUCAAACGAGCUACUGCAAUUGCUCUAUCGGGAAACGGAGAGACACUGGUAGUCACCAGCAGAACACAGACAGUGGUCUAUUCCCUAAACGCAGGAGAUGAUGCAACAUCAACUUUCACAAUUACACAAGGAGGUAUCGCACUGUCCAUAGAUUACGAUGGCCAGCUACUUGGGAUGGGAAUGUCCAAUGACAUGCUGAACGCCGACCAGACAUUCACUACCGUCUCUUUGUACCGCAGAUCAACUGGCGAACAACCUCCCACCUUCGAAUACGAGUUUCUCGAGGACAUUCAGCUUGGAGAUACGUCUGGAGCUUCGCUAUCUUUGUUGACCACAAAGAGCACUGUUGAAAAUAGCACGAAAAUAGCUGUUGGUGCACCACUAGAUGGUCGCAAGCAGCAAGGAAGUGUCCGACUUUACCAGGUUCAACAUUUUUCAAUAAAAUAA